AUGACACCCUUCUACGAAGACGAAGACUGGUCUCUCGACAUUCGCCCAGCACCUUCAUUUGGUGAAGGUCGAUUAUCAAAAGAAGCUUCAACCGUACCUGGCUUUUGCAGUUCAGGAAAAGGUGCUUUCGAAUACCGCAUUCGUUCCAAACACGAACAACCAAUUGCUGGUAAACGCUAUUUACACAUUAAACCAACACAAUUAGUCAACUUUCCUCAAAACACCAAUGGUAACUUACAAGUGAUCUUACCUUUGGUCAUUGGUCCUAUUAACAUUGUACCUGACUUGCAACAAAUGGAUACGCAUUUACCUUUGGAAUUAUGGAAAAAUCAAGACAUGGAAAUGGUCUAUGAUGGUUAUCGACUUUUUUCAACAUCCAUGCAACCACCUGUCAAUAUCGCCAUUCAUGAAAUGUGGGAUUCAGGCAUUCCUGGUAAGAUUUGGGAUUCCGCUCUUGUCAUGCUGGAUGUCAUGAAAAACAUAAUUGAUCUUCAUCCUGAAUAUAUCGAUGGGAAACAUACCUUGGAUUUAAGCGCUGGUACGGGUUUACUGGGGUUAUAUGUUGCGAGUAUGAUGGCAUCACCGAAUUCAACCAUCAAGAAAGGAAAGAUCACCAUUACCGAAUUAGACGAAGCUGUGGAACUUAUUGAUAAGAAUUUGAUUAUCAACGAUUUCCUAAAUCACCGUAACCCACAAUGCGAUAUGAAAACGAGAUCACUUUUAUGGGGAAACAGCCAAGAAGCAGCCUCUUGUGGAAAAGCUGAUUUGAUUAUUGCAUCUGAUGUAUUAUACGAAGCUCAGUUCUUUCAAGAUCUUGUCAAAGCCUUUGUGGAUUUAAGUACAGAAAAUACGCGUAUCUAUAUUGGUUAUAAGCGUCGUGGGUUUGAUGAGGCAGAGGAACGUUAUUUCUGGUCGUUGUGUGAAGCACAUUUCAAUGUCAAACUCUUGAUCUUUAACGGUAAAGAGGAUGCCGAUGAUGGUUUGGUGCCUCAGAUGACUUUAGAAACAGGUGUGCAAUUAUACCGUUUAACUCCAAAAUAG